AUGCAAGCCUCAAAAUUAAUUAAUGAUGUUCAUCUUCAUCUUCAGUGGAUCGAUAUAAUAUCGAAAGUGAAAAUAAACAAUCUCUCCUUGGAUCAAUUUAUUCAGGCAUUUCAAAAUAAUAAAGAAGCAUUUAAAGAAUUUCCAUUCAAUACAUCAGUUCUUAUUAAUCUAGUUCAGCGAAUGCAUCCUCCAAAAAAUGCGAAAGAAUCACCAUUUAUAACCUUUGUACGAUGGAAUCACACACUGAAUCUUGAUCCGACAUUAUUUUUUGAACAAUUCCACUCAAUAUUCAGUCAUGGUGUUAAAAACCAAUGGUACGAAACGAAAGAUAUUGCUGAACUCUUUACACGGAUCAAAUCACAAGAUCAAUUAUUUGGUCAAUACUUUUAUAAUUAUUCCUCAAAUGUGAACACAGACGAUCUUUGGGAUAUGUUUCUACAUUUAUCUAAAAUUGAUGCUAUCGACAAAGUCGUUCAGAAACAUCUGAUUCCAACAAUAAUCGAGAGAACUGUAUCAGUUAAUGCUACAGCAUUUCAACGACAUGCAAAACUAGCUAAGAAUAGUUUAGGAGAAAUAAAACCUGAUUAUCAAUCACAUUUCAUUAAUUUGUUCGAGAAAAUAUUCGAUGCUUGCAUUCUCAAAUGGAUCACUAAUCGACAAUAUUUAUAUCAACUCACUCGUAAUGAAUACAUAGAUCUUUUACAAGCUGGUUUACAGCUAUCUUCCACAGAUCUAUUAGAAAGACGAUCAUGCUUAUUUCUUAUUCCUAUGAAUGCAAAUAAAUUCAUAGAAAUAGAUCAUCAUGAAAUUAACAAUGUUACCAACAAUGAUCAAAACAUUGAUCAUGAACUCAACAAUGCAAUCAACAAUGAUCAGAAUAUUGCUCGUGAAAUUCAUAAUUUUAUCGAAAAUGGUAAAGAAAUUGUUCAUGAAAUUCUUCGAUUACAAAGCAAAUGCUCAUUAUAUCGUGAAUUGCUGUCUGAUUCGAUCGUUCGUUGUUUUGUUCCAUUGGUGGAUGUGUAUAGAGCGUUCCAGGCAGUUGAUCGUCAACAAUAUGAAUUUCCAUUGACAAAGCCAAAUAUUGAUAAUAUUGUUGCUUUACCCAAACCGAAAAAUCUAGAUAUUGUGAAUACAAAAUCCAAACAAGAAUUUUUCGAUCAAUUUAUUAAACAGAUAAAUGAAUGGUUUAAUUGGUUUGAUCAAUUUAUAGAUAUUUUUCAACCUAUUAUUGACUGGCUAAAGGCCCAUAAUGUUACUGGUUCGAGUCAGUUAUUAAUUGAUCUUUUAAGAAUUCGUGAUGAUCCUAAAAUGACUUUGAUUGAAAUGAGAUCAAUUAUUGCUGGUACUUUAAAAAGUUUACAACCUUUCAAAGAUCUUGCACGUCUAUGUCAACUAUUCAAUUGUAUAAUCCCAUUUCAAAUUCUUGACCAAGGAUCAUUAGAUUAUCGCAAUAAUACGGUGAACUUUCUUACAGAAUUGAAACGUUUUCAACCGAACAAUAAACUAGUAAUAGAAGCUUACAAAACUCGUGAACACAGUAUUUCUAUAGAUGAUCGUCAGCAAGUUCAAUGGUCAUUGGUUAGUGGUAAUUAUCCAUGUAAUAUUACUGUUGAAUUUCGAUCCUAUGGAGCGGAUAAUCGUUAUAUCCAAUUAUUUCAAAAAGAAAAUGUUGCUAUUAAUAAAUAUGUACUUCAUGGUCAAUUCGAAACUCAGCGAGGUGGUCAAUUAAUAAUUAUCAUUGAUAAUCAAGCUAAUCCGUAUCCUAUAACUAUCUGGUAUCGCAUUAAGUCUGGCAGUUUAUCAACAUGUCAUUUAUUUCAUGGUAUAUUCGAUAUAUAUUUUAAUAAAUAUUAUGGACAAAGUUCUGAAAAUCUCGGCGAAGAAGAUCUUAGUCGAUUACUCGAUGAAGUAUUUGAUUUUAUAAAUAAACUUUUAAAUGGUGAUCUAAGUUUACGAGCUAUGACAGAAUUACGAGCUGUUUUUUAUGAUAAAAAUAUUAAUAUUCGAGACGAAGUCAAAAAACUAUUCAUAAGUAGUUCAAAUGAAAAGAAUUAUAAGUCAUUCAAUAUGUUAGCUAAUUUAGUACAAGGUCAAAAGAAUCAACCGAUCGAACGAGAAAUUGAACAAGUUUGCGAAUGGUUACAAGUUUAUCAAUACUAUAGUCAUACUAAUGUGAUUAUUCAAUGUAUUGAAAAGUUCGAUCUUUUACCGUCCGACAACCAAGAAGAAAAAAUUGUUCAUUUAAAACGCUUGAGCGGUAAUGAAAAUUGUUCAUUAAAAGAUAUAACUCAAGCUUACAGGAUUUUACAAGAAUGUUUUCGAGCUUUGACUCAUCAACAUUUACAACUGAUUAAAAUAGUAGUCGAAUGUUCGAAUGUUAUUGAAAUGAUGAAAAAAGCUGAUCUCUAUUCUGAGCAGGGUCGACUCCGUUUUCAAGAAUUACGAGACAAUUUAACGACACAAUUUCAGUUACAAGAACUAAAUAAUAUGAUACUAAAUUCAUGGAUUAUAACGUAUGCAUUAAUCGAACCAUUUGUGGAUAAAGCAAAAAGUUUAGAUGAUUUUGUUGAACGUGUCAGUCAAAUAAAAAAUUUAGAGGGAAGUUCAUUGAAUCAUAUCAAAGGUACGUUGCUGUUACAAGUAGUGCUCUCAAUAGAUACUGCAGUCGAUAGAUAA